UAGUCAGUACGUGACCAUACGUUUGUGGGGAAAAAAACUAUUACAAGAAACAUUCUAGAGGUAUCUGGCAACAAUCAUCUGACCUUGGUAUAAGCGGGAUCUCCCAGAACCCAGCAGUGCCAAGACAGUGCAAUGAGUGGGUGGUUGUGCUAUAAGAAAAGGUAUUCAUAAACCACGCAGUGAAAGUGUGUCCCCUUGUGGGUUAGUUGUAACACCCAGACAGUUGACAUGAAAAGAAUAAAACAGAAAAUGUUCAAUAUCAACCAUAAGAGUAAGGAAGAAGAAGACCCUGAUGUACUCACGAAGGACCUUAUUGAUGCCGUAAGGAGCGGGAACGUCGAGGCGAUUUCGACCGCCCUCUCCCGCGGGGCCGAUCAGCACCUCACCCUUCCUGAAGACGACCCCGAUGACCCUGGAGGAUCCUUGUUGACCCUGGCGGCAAGGUUAGGUCACGCCAGCGCCGUAUCGGUUCUUCUGGAGGCUGGGACACACGUAGACCACAGAGGACAUGGCUCCAGGACGCCGCUCUACCGCGCUGCUUACAUGGGGCACGCGGACAUCGUGGAGAAACUGGUGGCAGCGGGAGCAUACCUGGAGGCACAGGAGGGCGACUUUGCUUGCACGCCUCUACACGUGGCAGCUCAGCAAGGUUACGCCAGCUGCAUCCAGAAGCUUGUGGAUGCUGGAGCAGACAUGUAUGCUCGGGAUAUCUGGGCCAGUAUACCAUUACAUCGUGCUGCCAUGAACAACAAACCUGCGGCCAUCAUGCAACUUAUUGAGUGCGGUUGUGAUCCCCAAGUCAAAAACAAGUUCGGAAAGACAGCGUUGCACUUUGCUGCUCUUGGUGGUGGCCUGGAGUCGGCAAAGGUCCUUGUGAUGAAUAAUUUGAACUAUCAUGAGAAGGAUGGCCAGGGAUUUUCAUCCCUUGACAUAGCGAGAGUAUACAGUCAUCACGAAGUUGAGUGGUGGUUCCUCAAAAACCCUUCCCCUGAGGUGAUGCGUCUUCCCAUGGCCGUCCCCAAAGCGAAAGACUCAGAAUGCUCCUCUUCUGGCUUACCUGUGGAUGGGUCUCUGCCAGACUCUUCAUCUCCAGUCUCCCCUUUGACAAAUAUUGUGGAAGUUACCAGUCACACAGGUGCAGAAAACGCACCUGUGUGCACAAAACCAGAUAAUACCAAACUCACAAUACAAACUAACACAGCCACAGAAGAUGGAGUUCAAAGUACUGAAACCACAGCUGAUAAAAUUUCAGUCACCAUCAAAAAAGCAGUCACCACAUUAAAGCCAAAGAUUUCCCCUGACACUCGGCACAUUAUGGUAGACAAGAGCUUACGAAUUGAAGAAGAACUAUCGAAGAGCAUCCUCGAAUACAUCAGGAGAGGAGCCAGUCACCUGCUCAUCAACAUCCACCACAGUCACGAUGGACACUACCAAGAUAAGAAUGGACUGACGCCUGUACACUGGGCCGUUACGCUCAGGGAAGCCCGCACGGUGGAGGUGCUCCUGGACGUUCACAAGCUCUAUCCAGAAUCUCUGUCCUAUUCGGGAGAGACACCUGCUGAUCUCGCGCGACAGGCCGGGAAUAAUGAGGUUUUGAAUAUUAUGAAGCGGUUUCAGGUUAUCAAGAAAGUGGAGGACCCUGAGGAACUGUACGAGGAGCUCUUGACAGUCAUUGGUUCUGGGGAUGACGCGGUGAAAGCUUCCGAGCUGCUGUGCCAAGGUGCCCCUCUGGAGCCGGUGGGUAGUCUCUCCACUCACGCCCUGUCCCUCGCUGUGACAUCCAACCGUCGCAAGCUGGUGAGCCUUCUCAUUGCUGCCGGGGCUCCUCUCACCUCCAUGGCUGGGGGCCUGACUCUCCUGCAGCAGGCUUGGAACUCUUCUGAUGUCACAAUCCGAGUACAAGCUCUCAUCACGAGGGCCUACAAGAACAGGUUGGCUUGGGAGAAGCGGCAGCUCCCGCCUCGUGAAAGCCUUCUCCACCAGGGUAUAGACCGCAUGCUGGACACUCUAGGAGGCCCAACGCCAUGGAAGACGAAGUGGAAAUUCUUGGGUGUGAAGACACUUACGGCUCUUAUGUGCACGGCUGCCCAGUAUAAUUGCAUCCUCACAGCAUUUUUCCUGCAACAGGCAGGGGCUCAGAGCUUCCUGUUGAGUGAGGGUGGCUGCACGUCCCUCCAUGCGGCACUCCAUUUCAAACACUGGAAUCUUGCAGCUGCCAUGGUUAAAGACAUGAGCGCAAGCCUUUACAUAUCUGACUCUUCGGGCGUUUUGCCAAAGGAUAUCAUGCCCAACUACUUACGAGAGGAGAUUGAAGAGGCUUUGCAUGCAAAAGAGAAGAGGAAAUUAGAUGAUAUGUAUGAAAAACUGAAAGACGAGAGCGAAAAAGAAGACGUAAAGCUUAUAAUCCAACUAUCAGACGACCUCUUCUCCAUUUAUCGAAACUCAGACGGCAGCAACAGCCAUGAGAUUCCGCCUUACCUCUCCUCUAUCGUCUGUGCGUCACUGUCAGUAGCAGCGCAGAGAGGACUUCUGCAACUCAUGUACAUGAUUGUAAAAGUGUGUGGGGUGCAGCCAGACACGGUGGUCGAUUACACCAACGACACCACCGCCCUUCACCUGGCUGCGGCGCAUGGCAUCUCCGGUUGCGUGGCUCUUCUCUUGGAUCUCAAUGCCAAUCCUUUGCAGCCAGACAAAUAUGGACACACGGCUUUGCAUUUUGCUGCCAUGAACUGCCACGACUCGACAUACCAGCUUCUGGCGGCAAUGGUUCAUGAUGAGGAGCCAGUAAGCGUAGCAGGUACUGUGCCUUCAGAAAUCAAAGAAAAUGUGGAUAAGUAUCUCAAGUUGUACAGGAAGACAGAGACCGCUAUCAAGGACAACUCUAACGUUCCAGAAAGAACGGAUCCAGCAGAAGCAACAGUAACGUUACUGAAACAGGUGGGCUUGAGUGACAUCGUGGAUGACUGUAGUGACUUCAGUGUUGACUUCAGUGAGGGCGAGGCAAGGGAAGUGAGCACAGCAGUCCAAAAGGAGUGUCAGAUUAUUGCCAAUGGAGUAGCGUUGCAAGACAAGACGUAUGAGGGAACCCUGACUCUUGUGGGCAGUUCAUCAGAUGGUACCCGCUUAUAUGCGCCGGAUGAAUGUGAUAUAAGUAUAGUUCUUUCUAAUAUUCCAGACAUUGAGAUCACAGUUGUGGAACAGAAUGAGCGGGAGGUUUUGGACUGUGGACACAGACUCCGAAUCGAGGUGAGGACAGACGCACCAAAGUUUCAGGGCAACACACUCAUUGAAAACUUGUAUAGCCUCGUCACCAGCUACUUGGAAAGCCAUAUCCUACAUGACAAGCGACUGAGCGUUGUUCCCCCUGGAGUGACGAGGACCCAGGUGGGCGUGUCCCUGUCUUUUGCUUGGCAGGGGAGGCAGUACCCGCUGUUGCUCGUGGGCGUCGACCUGGUGCCGGUGCUCCCUCUUCCCUGGCCCAAGGACGUGCUCAGACCAGCGCUGACGCCCCCGGACAUUGAGGAGGUCCACCUCAGCAACAAGGCGGACGGAACGUGGCGGUGCAGCUUUGCAGGAGCCGAAGUUGCGGUGAUCAGCCAGCUGUCGGCUGAGGAACGACGGGUGUUCCUGUCGUGCAAGACGCUGCUGUCCCGCUUGAAGGCAGAGGUGUGGAUGCCCCGAGACGUGAAGUCCCUGUACACGUGGUGGGAUUCCCGCCAGUGGAAGAUUCCCAUUCCGGCUGGAUUCGCGCUGAAGAACGCCUUUCUGAACGUGUUGGAAUGGAAGCGGAGGGAGGGAGUCGAGUGGCGCGAGAAGGACCUGCUCAAGUGGAUGAUCAGAGUGUUCAGGGAAAUGUGCCAAGCGGACGUGGAGUUCCUCGCCGACCAGGAGCAAGUGCAGGCGCGCGAGGUCCUUGCGCCGAAGAAAGUGUAUGCUUACUUCGGGGGCGACUUCGAGAAGCCGAAGGUGGGCGACGGCGCCCCGGACAUCAUCGGGAUUCUGGAGCAAGAACUUCGGAGCAGCUGAUCGUCUUCAGUCAGGAAAACGUGCAUCGAGGUUCACGUCAGUUCUUCAGUGCAUUGUCUUAUAGAUUUUUUUGGUAUUUAUUCAACUGUUUACAGUGUAAAUGAACACGCAUGCACAUACUCAUACACUUAAUCUUACACUUAUUCUGGUACUUUUAAUUACACAUACGCAUACAUACAUACAAGGAGACUGACAGGUACAGACAUACAUAUACCCAUACAAAUACACAUACCACCACGUCUAUGGAGCAAUUACACGCAGCAGCAAACAGUGUAUAGAUGUAUAUAUAAAUGUUGAUACUUAUAUGAUCAUGUUUAUGGUAUUUUUAGUCACUGGUUUAUCAGUCACUCCAGAUUAUCUCCGGAAGUCAUCAAUAAAGCCUAGUUUUAUAGCAAGA